UGCCUGUGCUGGGCCAGGGCCAAGCCUGGGGAGGCACCAUUCGGAGCUAAACUGACAGCUCAGGGACACGGGAGCCCAGCCUGCUGAUCUGCUGCAAGAUUCAGCAAAAGAAAGCCGCUGACCUGCUUCUCCAGCCUCCAAGGAGUGGAGCAACUUUGCCAGUGACCCUGCUGUUGGCUAGCCACAAAGCAAGAAGGGUAGCUGUGCAGAAGAGGAUGACUGAGAUGCUCUUGCUGUACUUCUUCGUGUUUCUUUUGCCCACAGAGUCCAGUAGGACAUUAUGCCAGGCUGCCAGCCAGAACACGGAGCAGGUGUCUCCCAGGCCACAUGGUGCUUGUGACGGUGCUUGUGUGGACAAUGACUACUGCAGCCAACAUUGCCCUCCAGUCACUCAGGGGGAUAUGAAGUUUUCAUGCCGGCAGAAGAGAUGGCACAAAAUCACUGAUACCUGCCGGACCCUUAAUGCCUUCAACAUCUUCGAGGAUAAAUAUUCCUUUCAAACGUUUGAUGGAACGAAAGACGAUUACGAUGGCCAUAACACGGGGACCAUUACAGAGUUGUUGAUGCAAAAGUGCCCCAAGAAUCUGUCCUGUGUGAUCAAUGGCAUUCAGAAUUCUCCCCGGAUCCCGGGAAACAUCGCUUUAAUCGUGGAGCUCUUACACAACAUCUCGGCUGUGCCGACAAAUGUUGACGAGGCAAAGAUGCAGAGUUACAGCACCAUGGCCAACCACAUUCUCAACAGCACAAGCAUCUCUAACUGGACCUUCAUCCCUGACAGAAACAGCAGCAGUAUCCUGCUGCACUCAGUCAAUUCCUUUGCCAGAAAUCUGUCUAUAAAUAAGCAGCACAUGGACAUAGCGGAUGAGUUCAUUCACACAAUGGGCGCCACCAUCUCCAGAGACACCCCUGGAAAGAAUUUCACUUUUUCCAUGCGAAUCAACGAGACCGGCGACGAAGUCAUGGGGAGGGUGUUGAUCAGUGGAGAUGACCUUGAGAAAGCGCUUCCUCCUUCUCAAGCCAGCAGCGCCAUCAGCAUUGCGUUUCCAACGCUUGGGGCCAUCUUCGAAGCCAGUGCUCGUGAAAACGCCACCGUGAACGGACUUGUCCUGUCUGUCAUUCUGCCCCAAGAACUAAAAAGAAUCUCACUGAUUUUUGAAAAGAUCAGCAAGUCGGAGGAGAGGCGGGCACAGUGUGUGGGCUGGCAUUCCCUGGAGAGCAGAUGGGACCAGAAGGCCUGUCAAAUGACUCAGGAAAACUCCCAGCAAGCGGUUUGCUCAUGUCAGCCAAGCGAGCUGUUUACCUCUUUCUCAAUCUUGAUGGCGCCCCACCUCUUGGAGAGCCCGAUCUUGAGUUACAUCACGUACAUAGGCCUGGGAGUUUCUAUUUUCAGCUUGGUCAUUUGCUUGUGCAUCGAGGCCUUGGUCUGGGCCCAAGUGACCAAGACAGAGAUCUCGUAUUUGCGCCACGUGUGUGUGGUUAACAUCGCGGCCACCUUGCUGACGGCCAACGUGUGGUUCAUCGUGGCUUCCUUUCUCAGUGGUCCAAUGAGGCACCACGGGACAUGUGUGGCGGCGACGUUUUUUGUUCACUUCUUUUACCUUUCUGUGUUUUUCUGGAUGCUUGCCAAGGCGCUCCUCAUCCUCUACGGAAUCCUGAUUGUCUUCCAUACACUGCCCAAGUUGGGCCUGGUGGCAUCAUUCUUUGCAUUGGGCUAUGGGUGCCCUUUGGUCAUUGCUGGUAUCACGGUCGCCGCCACUGAGCCUGGCAAAGGCUACCUCCAGCGUGAUGCCUGUUGGCUUAACUGGGACACGAGCAAGGCCCUCCUGGCUUUUGUGGUCCCGGCACUGGCCAUCGUGGUGGUCAACCUCGUCACCGUCGCACUGGUGACCGUCAAGACCCGGCAGAGCACCGUCGGCAAGUCCAUGUUCCGGGAGGUGAGGGCCAUCGCGAGGAUCAGUAAGAACAUCGCCAUCCUCACGCCGCUGCUGGGGCUGACCUGGGGAUUCGGGUUAGCCAUGGUCCUCGAUGGUGGCUCCCUGGCCUUGCACAUCAUCUUCUCCCUGCUCAACUCCUUCCAGGGCCUCUUCAUUUUGGUGUUUGGAACAAUCCUGGAUCGGAAGAUAAGAGAAGCCUUAACUGGUCGAAUAACCUCUGCAAAGUGGAUCUCCAGACUAUCAGAGAACCUUCCUACUGAUUUCUCUCGUAACCUCACCAAAGGGUCAAGCUAACACCCCAGGCAACUCUCUGAACUUGGGAGGUCCUACGUGCCAGAAGUGGCAGAGCUCCCAGGGGAAAUAUGCUGAUCCCUGCUUUUCUUACCUCUGGAGAGUGCGAAGGAAGCCCCCCACUCUAUGGUGCUGAUGGAGGAAGGCAUGAAGGGUGGAGGGAAUGGCAGGCUCCUCUGCCUAAGCUGUUCUGUGCUGUUAGUGUUUCUCCCGCAUCCACUGUCAAGGUCUAUAUAUGCCAUGCUGGGGGUGUGUAUGUGUAUAUGCCAAGGGCAAAGCAGAAUCUUGGUCUUGUUGGGGCCUCCAGAUCCAUGCUGUUGGAUCACAUUUAUCCUGAAGACAAGAACUUUCGUUCCCCUUGGGCAUGGUGGCCUGGGAUGUCACUUGGCUGGAUUCCAUGGGAAGCUGAGAGAGGGCCCUUGGUGAAUCGUCACCCACAGUUGGGCUGACUCUAAGUAGGUCAUUGCUGGUUCUUUGGAUAAAAGGAAUCCAACCGCCAGAGUGUUCAACCCUUCCAAAUUGAAAUUGAUGACACGGUCAGCCUGGCUUGGGCUCAGGUGCAACUUCUUUGGCCGUGAGCUAAGUGAAAAGCCUAGAGCUUUUGAACCAGAAAGAUGUUGAUUUUCAGUUAAGGAGACUGAAGCCUGGAGUGAUGGGGUGAUGGCUAAUCAAGGCUUGAGCCAGAGGUAGAAAGCCAAGUGCGCUGUCUCCCAAUCCUGGCCUUUCUCUGCAAGACCAUGGAAUCCCCAAGGGCCUCUCUGCCUCCUCUAAGUAAGAUUAACCCACACCAGCAAUGUGGUAUCUUGAGACCUGGGGUGAGGGAGGAGAACUGUAUUUCAAGUAGAAAGCUACUCAUUUUCUUCAUCUUGGAUGUAGACAAGUUCAACAUUCAUAUCAUGAGCUACUGACAGGAGAACAGUAUUAUAGGUCAAAACCCUUCUAGAAAAAAAACAGAAUUCACUCCUUUAUAAAACAAGCACAAAGGCAGAUGCAGCAAAAGAAAAUCAGUCGGUAAAGGAAAGGGGGUGAUAAGUAGCCCCUAAUUAUCAUUACCAAGAAGCCAGCAUUAAUGAGGUUACACUACAAAUGGGAAUGUGAGACUCUGUGAAUGAGUGGCCUCACUCUCUCUUUUUAUAACAAUAACAACAAAAAAAAUCUCCAAGUAAGGCAGUUUGAGAAACCAAAAACCUAAUAAAGAGGUCAAUCAGAAGGUAGAAAAAUACACCAACUUGGAGGAUGAGUCCUCUUUUGGUGGCAUUUUGCUCAUCCUGGGACAACCCUUGCAUCCUUUUCAGAUGAAGUCAGAAAGGGGGUGUAAUUUGGCAUUUCCCAGCAUCUCUCCAGGGGCUUUUCAAGGGGAGGGGAUGGUGGGGCCAGUCUUGAUUGUCUCAAUGCAGAGAUUUCAGUACAAGGAAAUGGCACUGACCCCAAAUCAGCAGAUUGAAGUGAGGAUGGAUGCUUAUGAAGCUAAAUGGUUAUAGGAUUAGAGAUCUGAAAAAACUUUAGAAAAGACUGACUCUGAUUGCCUUGUUUUACAGAUGGGAACUCUGAGCAUGAGAGAGAGAGAGAAAGGGAGA